AUGUCUGAAAAUACCUUCGAAGCUCGGUCGUCCUCCAGUCGAAAUCAUGUUGCUGGUGGACGACAAAUAACCCGAAAUCGCGCAAGCUACAGUUGCCACACAUGCCGUAGGAGAAAGGUCAAAUGCGACAAGAUACAUCCGAUAUGCGGUAAUUGCAUGAAAAACGGGUCUGAAUGUGUCUACGAUACUGCAACACCAAAGAAAAAUGGCGACGUUGAUGUUGACGACGAGUACAAUCAACAUGGAAUCAAAAGGCGGCGGCAGACGUUGCGAUCACUGGGCGAAGAAGACGACGAUUCCAAGAUGAUGCUGGGUGAGCGGGAACAAACAGGUCUAAGAGGUGGCUCGCAAGCGAUCGCUGCUCAACUCAACAAGCUCACCAAUAUGAUUGAGAAUCUGAGCAAGGCGAAAGGACCCCUGCCGGUGGAAGAAAUGAGUCGGCAACUGCAGACAAUAAGUCAGGAUGUUGAUCUACAGAAUUCUGUUGGGUCCCGAGCGUCAAUUUCGCACGCCUCGGCAUUGAAUAAUAAGUCCAUUUCUCGGGAUACUAGCCCUCGUCGUAUGGCGGAUUCGAGCGGGGAUGAGUUUCCUGUACCGGCAGGAAAUGCUACUGAUCCGGUGGAUCCUGUUGGGUUGAAUCUUGGACAUUUGAGUCUUGAAGAUGGUAGAUCAAGAUAUGUGGGAACAACUUAUUGGGCUUAUAUCUCAGAUGAAAUCAACGAACUCAAUCAACUCUUACGUGAACAACACGAAUCACACGAGGUACCUUCAUCAAACGAUGCCGGCAAUGAUGUUGAUGCCAUCAUGAUCUCGGCAGACCAACCCAUGACAAGAAAUGCGUCCUAUCCAACGGACAAUCGCCGUCCACGGUAUCGAUCGUCAACCGGGAGCCAUCACUUGAAUAGGGCCCUUUUGUUUUCGGGGGAAUCGCCUACCGCCUUCGAUAAGAAUAUCGAAGCAUACAUGCUGGAAGAUAUGCCAACUCGGAGGCAGAGCGAUAUCCUAUAUAAAGGGUUCAUGUCCGGCGUUCAUGGUAUAAGUCCAGUGUUACAUCCGCCUACCAUAUUGCAAUCCUAUUACGCGUUCUGGGAUUGGUAUGAGAACAGCAGUUAUUCGGGUGAACGUUGCCCGGACACUACGUUUAUUCCAUUGCUUUACGCUAUAUGGCAUGGUGGAUCUGUCACCAUUUCUAUUCACACAAUCAAAGCGGAGUUUCCUAAUGUUUCUAGCCGCUCUGAAUUAUGUGAUCCGCUCCAUGAACAUGUGGUCACCUGGCUUGAUAGAAUUUCGUUUCCAAGAAAUCCUUCUCUACAUGGGCUAGUCGCCUUCCUCAUUACGCGCACAAUCCUAUCUCGGGAAGAGGAACCUUUGGCGAGUAGUCUUUUUAUCAGCACUGUGUUGAGAGUCGCUCAAACAAUGGGCCUUCACCGGGAUCCAGCCAAGUUUGGUAUCAAGUCCAGUGAAGCCGAGACCCGAAGACGAAUAUGGUGGCAUAUCAUUCACAUGGAUGGAGUGGUUUCUAUGUCGUCUGGCUUACCCCCUUUGGUUUGCGACGAGAGCUACUGGGAUGUGCGUGAGACGAGUGAAGUGAAGGAUACGCUGUUAGGAACUCCGCAAGCCGAACAGUAUUCCAAGCUGGUGGAAAGUAAUUUGAGGCCACCAGAUAAUCCUGAUGAUCCGACUGUGUGUGGUGGUAACUCUAUGGUGAACGUAUUUUAUCUUUGCGCGAGAGGGAAGUACGUAAUGGCACGAGCUGUUCGAAGGAUUAUGAAAAUUCAGUUAGGAACGAAACCAGUCACAGGACGUGACAUGGAAGAAUUGAGAUCCAUAUUGGUGGAUCUUCAGUUUCAGCUAAAUUCACUCAUUAAUCGCAUUCCACUUGCACAGCACCCGAAUUCCGUCAAGUCAAAUGCUUCUCCUAGCAACUCAUCGCUGUCUGCACCUCAGGGUCGAAUUGAGCAAGGUUUGCUACCGGAUGACGGUCCUGGCGGCUGCUCAGAGCAAUAUCACACUCCAGUUCUCGUAGCCUUCCAUAAAUGGGCGCGAAUUCUUCUUUCUCUGUUUCUCGACAAAGCUUUCUGUGUUGCUUAUCAGCCUUUCCUCAAGAAUGCGAGAAGCCGGAUAUGGCCUACAGCACGUCAAGGUGCUCUACGACACUGCCAUGGCUUCAUGGAGAAGUUUAUCGCAUUAGCAACGGACCCUGAUUUUCAGCCCUUCCAGUGGAGUUGGCCAGGAAAUCAUCAACCCAUGCACGCUACCAUGAUCAUGCUGAUUGAUUUGUACGAACGACCCAACAGCCCGGAAGCUUUGCGAUCAAGGGCUUUCAUCGACAAGAUCUUUUCGAUUAGUGGACCGGACGGAGGUGUUGUCGGUGGAGAAGAUGGUGUCACUACAGCACGACCAUUAAAAGACGGCGGACGAGAGGCAUGGGACAUGAUGAGACGCUUACGAGAAAAGGCAUGGCAGAAAGCCGGCCUCAACCCUAAACAAUUAUGGACAGAGCAGGCUCAAAUCCAAGCUGGGGUUGGUCAAAAUGUCAAGCGUACACCGACGCAUCGAUCCUCUCACGCAAGGAGACCGGUUGAUACAGCAAAGCCGCUUGGAACGAAACCUGCUGGUGAUGCGCAGCUGGCAGAUUUCAAUAGAAAAUUUUUUGAAAUGACCAGGAAUCAUGUCUUGCCUAAUCCUGUUGUUUCGUCCUUGAGACAGGAAUCGCAAAGCCAAGCCCCCAGGUCGCCGUCUGCGACGAUGUUACCUCGAUCUUCAAAUGUGCCCAUGCCAGUUCCGACACCACCACAACUCACCAAUAUACCUUCCAAUAUGCCAUCACCAUCUACCGGGUUCAUACCAAGCCCAUCUCUUGAUAGUCAAAGUCUUGAUGCAACCUUGGCUCUUGCCAAUCUCGCAACUGGAUCCGUGGUGGCCAGUCCAACUCCUCUCUCCAACGCUCAGAGUUUCAUCCAACAACAAAGACAGCAACAGCAACAACCACAAUACCGACAAUCCAACCAACCAUCCCCGAAUUACCCCAUAAUGUCAACAGCAGCAACAUCUCCAUCCUCCUCUUCCCCCACAAAUACAGCUACAACAAACUUCUCCCUAGACUCCGCACAAACCACCUCCGGCAUAGCAGUGGCCACGAGUCCAUCAGCAGGAGCAGGAAACGCACCCUCCGCACCAACACCGCCAUCGAUGAUGGAUCCCAAUUUAAGCUUUGACUGGGACCAAUGGGACGCCGUAUUCGGACAACAAAUACCCAUGGCUGACGAAAUUAUUGAAUUGGAUCCUGUGGCUGGUGGGUUGGGGUUUGGGUUGUUUGGUAAUAAUGAUCUGGGGGUUGAUCUGUUUGAUCAUUCGAGUACGAAUAAUCAGAAUAAUGCUAGCAAUAUUGGAUUCGGUGGUGGUGGUGGUGCUGCUGCUGGGAAUGAGAUGGCAACGACGCCGGUUGCGGGCGAUGUAUGGCGAGAUUUUGAGACGUGGCAGUAUCAAUGA